AUGAGCCCGGCAGUCCCAUCGGAGGCCCCCGUGCUCUAUCAUAAUAGCCGAGGCCGGACUGCAGAACUGGGACCCUCCGAGACACGAUCGACGGCCGAGAUUGGUACAGCCGCUGGGUCAGGACACACGAUGGGCGUGAGCACCGCGCAAUGCAUAACAUGCCUUUGGUGUACCAAAAUUUCACAGAAACCUGGCGAUAAGGGCAGGAAGGAGACGGGAGCAGGGUGGCCUAUACCUGGAGUGAAAGGGCUGGUUUUCUCGAAGCUUCCCGAAAUUACGGAAACUGGCACUGGGGCGUCAGCUGAAACCGGUUUUUCCGCCUUAAGCCUAAGACUAAGAAUCGUGCUAGAGCACAGGACAAAUAUUGAUAUGAUUAACAAGGCAGGGCGAACAUGGAUAACAGUUGCUGAAGGCGGCAGGAAGUCGCGGGUCGUAAAAAUGAAGGCGGGAUACGACUGCACUGGCCAGAUUGCAUAA